GAAUUUCAGUUUAGAGCAGUCAAGGAAACGUUGAAUACAACAUCAGCAGCGUCAUGGUUUCAGAUAGAUGUGUAGAUGAGAAAUUUUGGGAUAGUAAUAAGUAUGAUUGUCUGCGAUGCGAGUCUAAAUAUAAAAUCCUAGCAGGUUUCGAAUUCACUGAAAACUGCGGCUGGUCGGACGAUCAACGACAAAUCAAGUCACCUUACAAACCAUGCAAAAAUGGGACAUAUAACAACGGAUCUCACGUUAAAUGCCUCAAAUGCUCCUCAUGCACAACGCCGUUUAUUGCAUGCAACACAACCUCUGACACCAUCUGCUGUAAACAAGGGGAGGUGGUUUUCGAUGGAAAAUGCACCACUCAGCCAUUGCAGACCACCGUGAUAACAACCGUGAGUAGGACUACUACUACUACUACUGCUGCUGCUGUUACUGCUGCCUCUGUUGCUACCACAACAAGCAUCCCUCAAUCUCCAAUCCUCCCUCAUGUUGUGACAGGGAUCUAUGUGUGUUUAGGGAUUUUAUUCACUCUCACUCUGGUAUGUCUGUUCUUGGUUAUUAAGAGGAGGACAACAAAACAUUUAAAUAAAGAAUUUCAAAAACGUAAUGGAGCAGUUCUGGAAAGUCUGUCCAAAAAGGGCAUCAAGGGAUAUGAACAGUCCAUGUCAUACAACAUAAUCAAAGAAAGCGAUAACUUGACUGGAUCUGCGUAUCUGUUAGCUCCUGAGAUCCAGGGUGCACCUUUAAAAACUGUGCUGAACAACCUGGAUGUUCUGGAGGAGCUUGUGCUGGUUUUAGACCCGGACAUCUCCGGUGCUAAAAAUACACGUCACCUUGCCGCCCAGUGCUCUUUUUCCUUUGCCUGGAUCAAUUACGCAUAUUCCAUGAAGGACCACAAAAGUCCACUUGUCACCGUUUUGGAGGGUGUCGUCACCAAGAACCCAGACUGGACCGUCGGCCACCUUGCUGAGCUGUUAACCGCUAUCGAUCGCAACGAUGCCGUGGAGAUUUUGGCAAAGCUCCCUGCUGGUGUCGAAGAAUAACUAAUGUGGUAUUGUAAGAAAACAACGCAGUAUUAUAUAGUAUUGUUCAACUCGCUCAUUGCAAUUCGUAACUUCUCACAGACAAAAAAAAAAAAAAAAACCUAUACCUUCAGUGGGAGCC